UCCGCGAUGCCGGCGAUGCCGACGGCGGCCGCGUCCUCCCGCCGCCUGACUGACAUGGAGCGCGAGGAGGGCUUCUUUCUCCGGGAGUGGCGCCGCCAAAAUGCCAUUCUACUUGAGGAGAAAGAAAGGAAGGAAAAGGAGCUGAGGAACGAAAUCAUCAUUGAAGCAGAGGAGUAUAAGCGUGCUUUCCAUGAGAAGAGGAAAUUGAAUUGCGAGAAAAACAAGGUCAACAACAGAGAAAAAGAAAAGCUAUUCCUUACCAGUCAGGAGAAAUUCCACGCCGAGGCAGAUAAACAAUACUGGAAAACCAUCGCGGAGCUCAUCCCUAACGAGGUGCCAAGCAUAGAGAAAAGGAGAGGGAAGAAAGACCAAGAUAAAAAGCCAUCAGUUGUAGUAAUCCAAGGGCCAAAGCCCGGCAAGCCCACUGACCUCUCAAGGAUGAGGCAGAUAUUGGUGAAGCUCAAGCAUAAUCCUCCGCCCCACAUGAAACCCCCACCACCUCCUGCUAAGGAUGCUCCGGCUAAAGAUGCCCCUGCAAAAGAUGCUGCUGCAGCUGCUGCGGGUAAAAAACCGGUGCAGGCUCCUAAAGAAGUACCUGUGAGUGCUUAGAGAAGGAGGCCAUCGCCAUCCAGUUGGCUAAGUUAAUACUGCAUUCGGUUGCUUAUCCUUGUAUAUGUAAUUAGAACUUGUGACUGUUUGUUAUUCGGGUUAGUGUUUUGUAUUAUGGAUCAGCCUGGUAUCUCAUUGUGAAGAGCUUGUAGUAAAACUUGUUUUCGUGUUCGUACAUUUUGGGCCUGCUUUAUGUUAAGUUUUGGUUUCAUUAUUUUGAUCC